UUUCGCUCCGUUCGGCUGAUAAUCGACGAUCGUCUUUCGAACGUCAUAUUACGUUUGUGGUUAGAUUUGUUCUCGUUGUUCGUCGCUCGAAAGAAUAUCGACGAUGUCGAAGAUGUUUAAGAUAUUUAAACCAUCCAGUGGUUUGAUCAAGCGUUAUCAAAGUCAGAUUCAAAACAAUCGCGACGCUUGGAGAACGAAGAUUAAGAAACACGCGUUCUAUUUGUCCGGAUAUCACAAAUAUGGACUAUAUACCCACGAUAUAUUUUACGACCAGGACCCUGUGAUAAGAGAGGCAUUACGUCGACUGCCAAUACAAGUGUUAGACGGCAGAAAUUUUAGGCUCAUACGUAGCUCUCAAUUGGACUUUCUGAAAAUACAUUUGCCCAAGGAAAAAUGGAUCACGUACGAACAAGAUAUGGAGUAUCGAUAUUUGGACCCGUACAUAGAAGAAAUCAAGGCGGAGAGAGACGAGAUUUACCAGUUUGGUUGCACUAAUUAUUCUGACAACGACUGGCCUAGUUGCGAAGUAAAAUAAGAGUAUUAUCUCUCGUUUGCUGUUUCUCAAAUAUACG